AUGCACAUUGUGGCAGCCCGGCCGUGGCAGGACUGCCAGCAUGUUCUGGAUUCAGGUGAGACCACCAGUGGGAUUUACCUCCUUCGCCUUCAGAGUGCUAACCGACUCUUGCAGGCCUGGUGUGAGCAGAGUCAGGCUCAGGGUGGAUGGACUGUCAUUCAGAGGAGACAAGAUGGGUCAGUCAACUUUUUCAUGACUAGGGAGCAGUACAAGCAAGGCUUUGGAAACCUAAAUGGUGAGUACUGGCUUGGCCUGGAACACCUCUACUGGUUGACCCAGCAGGCCAAAUACAAACUCCGGGUGUUCCUGGAAGACUGGCAGGGCCGGCAGGUGUUUGCUGAAUAUGACAGUUUCCACCUGGAACCAGAGAACGACUGGUACCGCCUCCGUUUGGGACAGUACCACGGCAAUGCAGGAGACUCCCUGUCAUGGCACAACAACAAGGCCUUCACCACUUUGGAUCGAGACAAGGAUAGGUAACUGCGCUCAUUUCCAGAAAGGAGGCUGGUGGUAUCACAUGUGCGCACACACCAAUCUGAACGGCGUGUGGUAUCGCUACCAAGAUGGGGUCUACUGGGC